CAUGGUGAUGGGUAUUCCUACCGUAAAGCGUAAAGUGAAGUCGUACCUGGCUGAGACGCUACACUCGCUCAUCAACAAGCUCUCACCUGAGGAGAAACAUGACUGUGUCAUCAUAGUCUUCGUAGGAGAGACGGACACAGAAUACGUCCAAAGCGUGGUGACCGGACUGGAGAAAGAGUUUUCUAUAGAGUUCAGUUCAGGUCUGUUGGAGGUGAUCUCUCCUCCUGCCAGCUACUACCCUGAUCUCAAAGACCUCAAAGAGACCUUCGGAGACUCCAGAGAGAGGGUCAGAUGGAGGACCAAGCAGAAUCUGGACUAUUCCUUCCUCAUGAUGUAUGCGGUGAGCAAAGGAGUCUACUAUGUCCAGUUGGAGGAUGACAUUGUGGCCAAACCAAACUACUUUGCCACCAUGAAGAACUUUGCCCUACAGCUCUCCUCUGAGGACUGGAUGAUCCUUGAGUUCUCCCAACUCGGCUUCAUCGGUAAGAUGUUCCAGGCUCCAGAUCUCAACCUCAUAGUAGAGUUUAUCCUCAUGUUCUAUAAGGAGAAGCCCAUUGAUUGGCUACUGGACCACAUCCUCUGGGUCAAAGUGUGUAACCCAGAGAAAGACGCGAAGCAUUGUGAGAGGCAGAAGUCGAGUCUGCGUGUGCGGUUCAGGCCCUCUCUUUUUCAACAUGUGGGGCUGCACUCCUCUCUGGCCGGAAAGAUCCAGAAACUCACUGAUAAGGACUUCCUGAAGCCUCUGCUCCAUAAGAUCCAUGUGAACCCGCCUGCUGAGGUGUCCACAUCUCUCAAGGUGUACCAGGGCCACACUUUGGAGAAGACCUACCUGGGAGAAGACUUCUUCUGGGCCAUCAAUCCUACUGCUGGAGACUACGUCCUCUUCAAGUUUGACAAGCCCAUCAACAUAGAGAGGUUUCUGUUCCGCAGUGGGAACCAGGAACACCCUGGAGACCGGAUAGAGAACACCACUGUAGAGAUACUGCCCUUCUCGGAAACUGGACCUAAGUCCAAAGAGAAAUACAAGCGAACUGAUGACCGCUUCUACAGAGUCGGUCAGUUUGAGAUGGGUGUGGCUGAGGGGGCUGUAGACACCUCCUUCAACCCGGUGGUGGCGCUGCGUCUCUCUGUCGUCCAAGACUCAGCUGUCUGGGCCAUCCUCAGCGAGAUUCACAUAAAGAGGAGAGCAGGCUGACAAAAAGCGGGGGCCACAUCAAUCCUGGCCCCCGGCCCCGGG